GGAGAAACAGCGCGAGCGACACCCCGUGCCAGACAUCCUGUGCUGCUGCGCUGUAGCCGGUUCGUCUUGUUUGAGGAAAACGAAGACCUGCGCGAAGAACACCAGCGGUCGAAGUGAUGUGGGCGGAGGUGCUAUUCUCGUUUCUGCUGGUGGUGUUUUCCGCUUCGCUGUCGUGGUUCCUGCGACGGAAGAGGAAGCUAGGCCACUUCCGACGUCAUGGCAUCCCGGGACCCGAGCCAGACUUCUUCUGGGGAAACUACUUGCAGCUCAAGGAGGACCGCAUAGAAGUGAUGGAACGGUGGAUCGCAGAGUACGGCAAAGUGUUUGGCUACUACAGCGGUGAGAUGCCCUUCAUAGUGGUCUCGGACCCGGAUAUGAUCAAGCAGUGCCUCGUCAAGGAGUUUCCCACCUUCCACGACCGGGCACCAUUCGUGCUCUCCGUGGAACCUUUCACCAGCUGCAUGCUGCAACUCACAGGCAGCGAAUGGAAGCGCGUGCGCAGCGUGCUCAACCCUACGUUCAGCUCCGUCAAGAUGAGGCAGAUGGCGCCCAUCGUUCACAGCUGCGUGGAUACUAUGAUGGAGGUCCUGGACGAACGCUGCCGCACCCAGCAGACGGUCGACAUGUUCAAGGUGGCCCAAGGCUACUCUCUCGACGUCAUCACCAAGUGUGCAUUCGCGUGGCAGGUGGACUGUCAGAAGAACCCAAACGACCCGCUGCUGUUGGGAGUUCGGAAGCUCUUCGAGGAAGCCGAGAGUGCCGCAGUGUGUAACGCGAUCCGGUUUCCCUUACUGCGGGUCGUCCUGACGUCGCUCUACCGUUUGAGCGACUACUACAAGGUUAUGCAGCGCAUGAUUGACAAUCUUCGCCAGGUCAUAGAGCUUCGACGACGGGAGCCCAAGGUUUGCGCCACCGACAUGCUCCAGUUGAUGCUCGAGGCGCAGGCUGGGGCCGAGGUCAAUCAGUCUAUCAGUAGAGACGUGCGCCUCAUCGAAGACCGGCACGUGGUGGGCAACGCCUUCAUCUUCCUGGCGGCUGGCUUCGAGACGACGGCCACAUCGCUGGGUUUCCUUAUGUACCUGCUGGCCACGCACCCCGACGAGCAAGAGAGGCUUCACGAGGAGAUUGAGACCGCGUUUGGGAGCGACCGAGAGCUCAGCUACGAGGGCGUGCAGCAGCUCAAGCGGCUGGACAUGGUCGUGCACGAGGCGCUGCGAAUUUACCCGCCCGUGGUGCUGUUCAUCAGCAGACGCUGCGACAAGGACACCACCAUCAUGGGCCAGUUCUUUCCGGCAGGAGUGAACAUCAUGAUCCCAACAUGGCACCUCCAUCAUGACCCAACCCUGUGGCCCGAACCGUCUCAUUUCCGGCCAGAGCGCUUCGACCCCGACGGGAGCGGAGGCCAGCACGCGGCCGCCUUCCUGCCCUUCGGCUUGGGACCGCGGGUGUGCAUCGGCAAGAGGUUCGCCUUGCUCGAACUCAAGAUGGCCGCCUGUCGAGUCCUGAGAGAGUACCACCUGCUCCGCUGCGAAGAAACUCAGGAACCACUUAAGCUGACCGUGCCCAGCGUCAUCAUCAAUCCCGAGCGAGGAGUGACCGUCAAGCUGCAGCGACGACGACUCGAAGCGAGCAUUGCGAAUACCAGCCGAGAAGUGGCCAUUACAUAGGACAUUUACGAUGCUUCCGCCGAGUUGUGGUGGCGCCACAUAUGCCGGCUCGUUUAGCUCAUCUUUCCCACCUCGAAGUGCGCAGUGAACUACACUUGCUGCUCUUCAUUUGUACUUGUUAACUUACUGUCAUCAGCCCGCUGUAUGUUUCUACAACGGGGGCGUGUUGCGCCGUUGUGGAAUUAUGCAAUUGAUCCUGUCCCACGUUGUAAAGCACAACGUCUGUUAUCUCAGGUUGAUUUUGCACGAAUUAAUUACAUGGCCCAACCUUUCCCCUCACACUGAGUGCAACGUUGCCCUCUAGGAACAAAUCACAUAGCGACGAGAAUCGCUGCUUCGCCACAUCUGUGGUGCUCUUACUAACGCCGUUAUGUAGCACCGCUCGCAAGCAUCGUGCACCAUUAUUGUAAUGAAACAGUGAGUUGUAAUGAAACAGUGAGCGAUGCCUUCAGGUAGUAUGCGAGGGCUUAUUUGAAAGCUUUCUGCUCGUUAAAUGAUUCACGUGCUACGUGCCGCCAGCUGGCAAAGAAAGAGUGUUCCACACUCGCCGCCAAGGCUGCGAGCAGCGCUUACUCACAUUCCUAGGUUUGCAAGCACAUAAAUCCCCGAUAAAGUGGGCGACAGGACGACCGCCGCCGUAGCUCAAUUGGUAGAGCAUCAGGCACGUUAUCCGAAGGUUGCAGGUUCGCUCUCUGCCGGCGGCAAGUUGUCUUUUCGUCCACUUUACUUUCUUCAUAUCUGUAUCACAAUUACACCAACACACUUUUAACAUUACAGUUAACGUCCCCCAUUCGUCCCUUGGCUUCAUUAGCUGCUGGUUUUAAUUGAGGUUAUGUGACACUAUUCAUGUAAGUAGUAUACGAUGUGAGGGUGAGCAACUGGGCGUGUUGGUAAUGCAUGAUUCGAA